AACAUCCUUCCCAGCUACUCAUCUCAUUAUACCCCCAUGUCCUCGCAAUUGAUCAAAAACGCGCUCUUAGACGUGAUACCCACGUUUGAAGGACCGUUUCCACCACAGCUCGUGAGCUAUACCGACACGUUGUACAAUACCACAUCCCAGAAGCUUGGCAAUUUGAAGAGCCUUGAGUUUGCCAGAUUGCAUGUCUGCGCGUACUUAGCCGUUGAACUCUUGCGCGCCAAGCUAGACCUCCCAGAACCACGCACAAACAAAGUUCCUGUGCCGCCGCGAAAACUCCAACCGUUGCUCCAGGACUUCCGUGCAGCCAUCUUCUCCAAGUCCGCACCCGUCUCCCCUGCCAAACGCUCCGCGCCGUCUACCCCACUGAAAUUUCCAAAACGGCCCCACGGCAGUUCCUCCACCGCCGAUGGCACUGUGAGCCCGCUCUUGCAGAGGCUUCUCGAGGAGGGAAACCAGGAUGACGUUAUCACGCCGCUUAAACGUGGGCCCGGGAGACCGAGACUUUCCCAAACCCCGCUCCUCUCUGUUUCCAAGAGGUCCGAAAUGUCCCCUUUCAACGAUGAAUCACCCUUCAGAGAUGUCGAUUCUCCAGUUCAAUCUCCUCGACGGGGUCCGGGAAGGCCCAGACGCGAUUCUGCUGUCGAUUCACUUGAGGCAGAUGCGUCUCCGCGGAGAGGGCCAGGCAGACCCAGGAAGCAGUCUUCGCCAGUAAAAGACGGUGAACCCGUCAAACGAGGACCGGGCAGACCCAGAAAAGACAAUUCUCCGCUCGUGCUGCCAUCUAAAGGUGCACUCCCCCUCACCCCGAAGAGGGGCCCAGGGAGACCCAAAAAGAGCGAAUCUCCCUUUUACGCAGAGAUAGGUACUUCACCGCUCAAGAAGCCCCAGACCCCGAACAAACUCGCCGGAGACUUUGCGCAGAUUCUCUCGCCGUUGAAGCGGAUUAAUGAAAAAGUGAGGAGCGAUGAGGUGAUUGCGUUGUGCAACAAGUUCAAACUCCCUCAGGAAGCGGCUCUCGGAAUUCUCGCAUCUUUUCGGAAGUACGGAAACCGUAUCAAGAACGAGUGGGCAAUUUUGUGUGGCUUGAUCGCCAUAGCCUACUUUCGAAUUUUCAAAACCUACAUUGCUGCCAAUGUGGGGGCCAGAAACAGGUUUUUAGAACGCUUACACCAAUACCAGCGUGGCGGGCUCAUCAAGCCGCAGAUGGUCCAGUGGAUCAAGUUCACCGAGGAGUUGUGUGCCUGCGAAAAGUGGGUGCGCAACUUGGAACUCAAGUAUAACUACAGGCUGGACUACGAUGUUAUUAAGGGCAGCAUGAUUCUGCCAGCGAUGCGCUACUCUGGAGCUGCGAUAUCUUCUGAGUAUGAAGAAUGGAAGCACAAGCUCAUGAACGAUUUGGAUUUGAUUGAAUGAGAAGGUGUAGCGUAUGGCUAUGAUUGUAGAUUUACGUAUAUCUUAUUUAACUAGUAACGCAUGAGGA